AUGCGAGAUAUUGAUUUCGUAGUCUUUAUCCUGCCUGCGUUUUCCCAUGAAGAUUAUCUGAAUGCCCUUAAACCUCACAUCAACCCUGGAAUGACCUUGAUUGGUUUACCUGGUGGACCUGGGUUUGAUUUUCAAGAAGGAAGUGAGAAGCUAAAGAAGGACCCAGUUUACAAUCUGCAGUACCUCCUGGGGCCGCUCCCAGUAUUGGAUGGCUCAGGUCAUAUGUUGGGCGUUCAGUUAAUGAGUGUUAAUGCCUACCUGCACACCUCAAUAAUGUACGGCCAGUGGAAGGAUUGGGACGGGGACACUGGGGACGAGCCGCCUUUGUUCUAUCGUGGCUUGACCGAGUCAGCUGCCACCCUUCUCUCCAGCAUUGCAGAAGAGAUUGUGAAAAUUGCAAGUGCAGUCGAAAUAAAGACGAAAGAAGAGAUUUCAAAGGUUGUGCACAUUCACCUGUGGCAUUUGCGUCGUCAUGGCGACGAUAUUGUCGACAGGAGCACUCUUAAAACAGCCAUACAGACCAAUGCUGCCUACCAAAUGAUCCAACAUCCAGUCAACAGCGACGGAGAUGGUAAGCUCAGGCCUGAUUUCAGCUGCCGUUACUUGACAGAGGAUGUUCCUUAUGGCUUGGUUGUCAUCCGGGGUAUUGCAAAACUUGUGGGCGUUCACACACCAAAUAUUGAUCUUUUGCUGAAAUGGUGUCAGCAGAAAAUGGGCAAAGAAUAUCUUGUGAACUCAAAGGUGCAGGGCAAAGAUGUCGCGUCGUCGGGGGGCCCCUCAGAGAUAUGGGCUGACCACACUUGA